AUUGUGUUGCGAGACGAAAUUCGAGCAAACUACGUUAGAUGGCACUGCUUCGAGGCAUUAUUUUGCGACGACUGAAAUAAUUUCUCUGCAGAUACAUCUUGCUUUAUAUUCCUUCGAUGAUGAUCAAGUGUUUCUAUCAUUAUGAUUGCUGUGCAAAGCACAUUAUCUAGCACUACAUCGAAGAUUAUUCAGAAGUAAUCUUGCCAAACUGUUUGUAUCAUUUUCAGCUUGAAUUGCUGAUGAUGUUUUAUUUGAAGGAUUUUUAUUAAUUUGUCUUCACUGUCGUUAAGUUCUUUUAUGUCACAAAAUAUUUCAGCAAAAUGGAAAUCAAAAGAAUAUCCACAAGUUUUACAGAAUUAGAUGGGAGAUUAUUAUAUUAUUCAAGGAAGUCUUUGGAAAAUAAUCUUCCUAAGUUUAAAAGGAAAAACAGCUAUUGUGUCUGUCGAUGGCAUGACAAAAUGGAACUUUGGUCCAGAAUAAGUGUUUGAACUGAACAAGACAGUAUUAUACAUGGAAACUCAUACAAUUGAAGAACUGAAGAGAGAACUAGAAUGGCAUGCACUCAUCAACCAAAAUAUUUCAUGCUUUUAAACAAGAAGAGGAACAUUCACAGCAUGAUACAAUAUUUUAACAAGAUCCAUGGCAAAAAACCAAAAUUCACAAGUUGCACUCAUUUAGAGGGAAAUGAGUUUUUCCCAAACAGCUUGUAUAAGUAUUACUUUUUACAAGAUGUGCAUCUCUCCACGUACUCCGUAUCAGACCUGCCCAAAAAGAGCUUAAAAUAAUUGAACAUGAAUGAGUCUGUUAUGAAAUCAGAGAAACAGGACAGGGUAAGAGAGCGACGUUUGUAUUUUAUCAUGUUGUGUAUCGGCAAGGUAAUAUAAACCAGAGGACAAUAGUGAUGUGCCUUAUUAUCCAUUGUGCGGGCGAUGAAUUCGGAGUAUAUAAUAGAGAACCUAGUGAAAGCAUUAUAAACAGACAUUAAACGUAACGAGGCAGGCAAUCGAUUACGACAUUAUGUCAUUUAAAAUGUGUGUUACCGUCAUCCCGUUCGUGUUAAGAGCUCUUUUGUUCGUCGAAGACGUGCAAGAAUGGAAUUUCGGUCCAGAAUAUGUAUUCGAACUGACAAAAUCCAUUAGGACAUACGUGACGGAUAAACAUUCUAUAGGUCAAAGAAUAACUGCUGUGGUGAAGUGUCGUCUAAAUGUAUUGUCUCAAAGUGACAAAAAUAUUCAUUUCUGUAAUGCAAGCGACAUCAUUGUGACAAAUAUGACGCAGAAAAAGAAUGGAAAUUGGGAAGAAAUGAUAGUUGACAGGCACUCUGCCACUCCCCAUAAACAAUCAAAAAAAAUACCGCACCAAUUAUUUAAAAUAGAUUUUAGCGAGAAUGGUGUACAGGAUUUUACAUUAAAAACGAAACAAAAGCAACGUUAUUAUAACAUCAUCGCAGAUAUCAUCGCAGAUAUCAUCGAUCUAUUCAGUUUGGACAUUGAUUUGAAUAUCGUAAGACGCAGAAUGAAAAAUUAUGAAAGCUUUUCUGACAGACCAUAUGUAAUCUUCUCUUUCACAAACCAUCAAGAAAACACGACAAGAGCUAUUGAAUGUAACACGUCAGGGACAGUUGAGUAUACACCAUUACAUCAACAUAAUGAAAACGAAACAUUUGGGGUCCAGAACAAUGAAAAAGAAACAAAUAAAACGAAAUUCGAUUUUCAACUCGCAUUGCUACCGAUAUGUUACGGAAAAGACAAGUAUCCCGCCAGUGAGACUUUGGUGAUAGACAAAAUUAGAAACGCAUGCACUCAUCAACGAACAAACCUCAGGUUUUUAAACAGCAAAUGGAAGCUUAUCAACGUGACCGAAUAUUCUAACAGAAUACAGAUCCACAACAAAAAACCGAAGUUCGCAAGUCAAACUCAUAUACAGGGGAAUGUUUUUCUCCCAAUGAGCACAACCAUAGUAUAUAAAUUUCAGGAAAAUGUGUCCCUCCAGCUAGUCCGUAUAAAAGCUGCACGGAUAAAGCUUAAUACAGCUGAAUAUGACUGGGACUAUUAUGAAAUCGAAGAAACAAAUGGAUAACAAAUGCAUAAUUAUACUGAAACACAAGAGAUUUUAAAAUCUGAGAGGGUUUAUAGGCAAACCAGAAUUUGACAUUAUACGGCUGUACAGCUUUGAUAAAUAAAACUGUAAAAACAUGCUAAGGAUA